GUCAAGGCUCCUUCGGGACCGCCAUAUGCACAUUCGCCUCCGCCAUGUUUGUCCUUUGAAAUUGUUAUCUAGUGUUCGUCAUAAUGAAGACAGAUUUUGGAAAUUGCUAAGACUGGUUCCGUUGUUGUACGCAUUCUUUAAAUUCUGAUUUUCAACAUGCAAAUGCGGUUAAUAUGAUUUUCAUUCAAACUCCGACGGGCUAAACGUUGACGUUAUAUUAAAUAGCAAUAAUUCGUUAUCUCUUCGAAUAUUAAAAGAAAUUUUUACGGUACCUCAAAGUAACUUAUUUCGUCAAUAUGUGGAAUAACAAGUUUAUGUAAUGUGUUGUCAGCACCCAAAAAUACUAUUAAACGUUGAAUUUGUUAGUCUGAUCCCAUCCACUAAAGUAGCAGCGUUUUUACAGUGAUUAGUACAAAUUCACUCAAGUUAGAGACCAGAUCAAAUUAAGUUUAAUAUUUUACGUAGCUACCGUCCUAUUUUAGAUAAUUAGGCGAAUGUACUGUCAGUGUUAGUGUUACUUUAAUGGGUAGUCUAAUAUCGAUAUCUGGGUCAGACAACACUUGUGGCCAUCUUUUCUUUGCUGGGCUAUGCCGAGUGUUGGUAGUAUAGUGAUACUAAGGAAACUCACUUCGACCCCAUUCUCGCUCAUUGCUUUAAUCUUCAUAAAAAUGUUCAGUGUUACCGUCUGUUUAUCGUGAAUUUUGUGUUGUCAAUACUGAAUCAAGUCAAAUUCUUUACAGUAUCCUUUUUGGCAUAGAAAAAUUAAUUUCUUAAACAAUUUAUUGGAUCAAUAAAAUAUGCAACCACAUUGGCCUAUCAUUGCAGCGAUGUCAGGUCACCCGACUAUUGCUAAUGGCUCAGCAAUAUCCAUUGACCGUCACAUUUCUGGUCCGAUGGAUUCUAGCAGUAUGCUUAUUGGUGCACUUACCCCUGGUUAUGUACGACCGACUCUCUCUUCCAAUGUUUUGCCUGGUUCCUCAAUCCCUUCAGCACCUGGUGGAUUCAGUCCUCAUCAGAGUUUGGCUUACCCUUUCCCUCAUUCAUUCUCUGUUGGUGCCAACCAGUCACUUGAACCUGCUAUUACUGGGCGUCAAUUUCCCAGUGCUUCAUUAAAUCCCUCUUACCACCUACAACAGUUCCAACAAUCGGCUUCCCAGCCCUUACCCCUGCCUCAUCCACCUGUUCCAUAUGGUCAGUCGUUGUCUUACUUAGCACCUUCUCUAGUAACAGCUAUGGGUAAUGGCAACCUUGGUCACAUACAUCAAACUUAUGCAAAUGUACCAUCACAGGCACCGAUGGCAGUUAAUAUGACAGCGCAUUGCCGUACAUUUGAUUCUUUAAAACAUUUUGGUUCUGUCCCUCAAACACAGCAUGGUCGUCGGAAUAAAUCAACUGUCACUUCCAAGACCAAUUUAUAUAUAAGCGGACUAAGUGAAUCUGAUACAGAUGAUACAGUUCGUUCACUUGUUGAAAAUAUUGUUCAGCCAAAGUCUUGCAAAGCAAUGGUUGUCAAUGGAAGAUGCAGAGGUUAGUAGUAUUAACUAAGAUGUCAUAUAUUGAUGAUUUGUAAAGAAAUUUUGAUGUAACAGUAAUCGUAAAUAUUACUACAGGUAUUUUCUUAGCGUUUCGGUCUUUUCUUACUUCAGUGCAUGAUGGGUUGUAUUCAUGUGAAUUGUGGACACUCAAAACAAUUCUCUGUAGUGUAUGAUGGAGAUAAGGUGUUGGUGAAAAUCGUAGUGGUCUUCAAAUUCCUCUAUAUUCGAUUAGUUAACGAUAAAAUCCUAGCAAUAUGACUUUCUGUGGAUCACUUUAUUCCUAAUCACUGGAGUUAAUGUGCUUCUAUGUAAUAAGAAUAACUAAACCACGACAAAGCAUUGUUCAUGAUUCAUGAAUAGUAACAACUUACUUAAAUAGGUUUAUGAGAUUUCACAUAUUGGAUUAGUGAUUUCCUUGGUAUUGCCAGACAUUCACAAGUAUUUGAGUAAAGUUAAAUAAUCAUAUAUGCUUCGUAAAUUGUGAUGUGACGCAUAUGUAUUUUGUGCCCCUUUGUACCAAUAUUUAUGUGUUCAAAUGGGUCAUGAGUCGUAGUACUUACUGUCAGAUAUGGUUUUAAACCAUGUCACUAAGCAUCUGAAUGUGAAUUGAUGGUAAUAAAUCUGGUUAUGCGUCGAUGUUAGUUUUAUUUUAGUUUUUUAUCGUCUCUAACCAUUGGUUACGAUAGUCGAUCUGUUCUCAUCCAAAUAGUCUGAAUCUACCUACAUGACUUAGUCCAAAAAUCAGGGACUUCAUGGAAUAGUACUAUAUAUUGAUUUAGUAAUUACUAACUUCCAACCCUCUACAUUAUCCUCGAAUUAGGUGGUGGUAAAACAUACUUAAUUUUUUAUAAUGGGAUAAAGAGAUUCUCUUAUUGAACUUUUUAGGUUCUGGUUUUAUUGAUUGCGCUUCUGAAGAGGAUGCAGAAAAAGCGAAAGCACAUAUUUUAGAAUGCGCCAGAACUAACGGACGCAAAUUAUCAGUAAAGUACGCAUAUGAAAAUGAGAAAGAUGCUCUUAAUGUUUAUGUACGCAAUCUUCCACGUGAAGGUUUUUCAAAAGAGAUGUUGGAAAGUUUGUUUCAGAAAUUUGGUCAUGUUACGUCUGUUAAACUUCUUGAAACAGUCACAGGAUUUACAGGUAUGUAGCACUUUUUUGUCAACUUUUAACCGAGUUUAUGCGAGCAUUAUGCGUCAUGAGUACAUAGCUUUAUGGUUAUUGUUUGGCAAUACUAAUUAAGUGCUAUCUUUACUCCAUUGUUACGUCUUCCCAAUUUGAGUGUUCACUCACUAAAUUUGGUGUCGCUGCCGAAGGAGAGGGUGAGGCUCCGCGACGACCUUGUGGGAUUAGUAGAGGAGGCACUAGUUGGGACGGUCUGGUUCGGGAAGGUGACGCCGAGUGAGUUUCUCUAGCGAGGCAGCGUUGGCUGUGGCGGUCACUGUCGACAUAGAGGAGUGGGACGUUCGGUGGCGAAUUUUGAUGGCCACGGCAGGUCGAACUUGCUGCGGAAGUCAGAGCGCUGGCGGACUCGAAAUUUUGAGGGAGCGUGGCACAGACUGCGGCAAAGAAAAUGGUACGGCGAGCAGAACAACCUCACGAGCGAUUGUUUAAAAGGGGAACAAGUGUGAUGUAUCAUACUUAUAUCUGUCAACAUAAGCAGUAUCUAACACCAAUUAGAAGUGGAAUAUCUGCGAACAGAAGGCUGAGAAGAUUGAAAUACAGAGAAGAGGGGAAGAAACUGAUAACAAUCAAGAUAACAAGAAGAACGAAGGAACAAUGAGGCUUUUUAAAGACAAUUCAAAGAUGUGCAAAUUAUCUAUUUAAUGUAUAAGUAUCACAUUUUGCUAAACCACUGUAAUUGUUCAUUUAACAAUAAAAUUGGUCUUCCCCACCUAAGCGUUCGUUCACCACAAUAUAACGUUUCGAUUGUUUUCAUUCUGCUUUAAAAAUGAUCUAUUUUGUCGAGUUUUGCCUUGAAGUUUUUUAUUUAAAUCUAACUAGAUAAAAAUACGAUUAUCACAACUACAACAAACACCCGCAAACUUAUCUGUUGAAGGUUCUUGUGAUUUGCAAUAAGAUGAAAAAAAUACCAUUCUGUUUAGUAUGUGAAGCGGUCUACGAAUGGUAAAAAUACUUGACUUUUUAACUACUAAGUUGUAGGUUUAAGCCCCGACCCACCUAGUUCGAUGUGAGCAGUUGUGUGGUAUCUUACAGUCAUCACACACAAAACUAUACUUCAAAGCUUAAUAAACGAAUAUGUUCAUGUUCACUUGUGAUGCAUUCAGCCUAAUCACAAUAAUAUCCAAGAUCACUUUUCUUAAAAACGCAAUUUGUCUGGAGAAGCGGAUUAAUUGCAUAUUUUACCAGCUCUUCAAUUGUAAAGCAGUUUCGUCAUUUUUAAGACAGAUUCUAGUCGAGAUACUAUGAUAUUUUAGUAUUACUGAUGAACCGUAUGAUUAUAUUGACUUUUCAUAGUACUACUAAUCAUCUAUACUAGUGUCGCAUGUUCAUGUUUUAUCUUAUUAGGUUUUGAACGUGUCUUUUUCCAAGACUAAUUAUCCAUUGUUCAAAUUUUAAAGCUUCACUUUUACAUUACUAUUCAGACAUCGUUUAUAAUUCAUAUUCUGAAUCAUUAAGUUUUACCGGUGUGUAAAGCUCGCACAUUAAUUUAGCCAGUUUAUUAAAAAGGAAUGGUACAUUUUACCUACGUCUACUUAUGUUAAGGUGCUGACUGGUGGGUUCCUACCAAUGUAUUUUCUUUCUACUUUUUGACAAGAAUGCAUAAUCAAUCUUGUAUGCAAUUUAUUAACGUACUGAUUAUUGUAUCAUAUAAAUCUAAUGUAUUGAUCUAUGUACAUUGUCUUCUAUCAACAAGUAAUUGCUUAAAGCUGUGUCUUCAUCUUUUCAAUUUAAGCGCAUUUAACUCAAAAGUUGACUAGUUUGUUCACUAAAUGUUCGAGCAUUCAUUUUUAAAAAUUUUUUUUCAGGGAUUGGUUUUGUUCGUUUUGCCACAGCCGAACAAGCGGAAAAAGCAGUUGAACAAAUGAAUGAAGCAAAACAUAUUGUUCGAGGUGGGGAUAAACCCAUAACUUGUAAACUGGCUGAUAAAGCAGAUCCUAGACGACGUAAUGCUGCUCCUAAUGCACAAGCGUUUGUUGCCGCUGCUGGAUUACAUCCACAAAUACCUGUUGCUAAUCAUUUAACGCGUACGGCUCAAGGUCUCUCUAAUCUCGCUUCUCUUCAAGCUUUAGGUCAAGCUCAACAAUCUACCUUUACUCCUCAAUUUCCUUUAACUGCACAGUUAGUGCAACCUUUGCAUCAAACUCCUGUUGUUGUUCCAAAUAUGCAUUCAUCCUCAAUAUCCUCACAAAACCGUAAUAUUUUAUUGCCAUCAAGUAAGUUCCAUCUGUCGCGUAAAAAUUUGUUUUAGUUCUUUUAUUGCCACGUCAACCUUAAAGCGAAACUCAUUUCACUUUUUAUUCUCAAACAUAAGCCGUGUUUACUUUUUUCAAAUAUUUUGUGUUAAUUUUCAAUUGCAGCACUAUUGCAGAAUGGUCCAUGUGGUGGUAAUACAGCUGUCCCAGUUUCCUUCCCUUCCAUUGGAACGAAUGGGGGUAAUGGUCAGUCGGCUAUUUCUACUAGUUCUUAUAGAGCUAACUUGGUUGGGAUACACCAGGGUCAAAUGCCUUCUGGAGCUCAACCAAACCAAGCAACUGCAAUUGUUGCUGGAUAUGCUGAUUAUCCCUUCAGUCGUUCCAAAUCAUGUGUCAAUGUUCAAUCUGGAAACUUCUCAGCUAACAAUCUCCCUGUUUAUACAGCAAAUGGUAACUCAUCUCAGUCUACUCAUAGUGCUUUUCAAUCAGUUGCAUUUGGAACUCCUACAACUUCUAAUUAUCAGGGAGGAUUAUCGUAUGUUCAUCAUCAACAGCAGUCACAACCAACACCUGUAAAUAUUAUUUCUUAUGAUCUUAUUUUUAACCUACUUUUUUAUCUGUUGAUACUCCAAAUACUGGUAUAGUUCCAGUGAAUUUCUAAAGUAGAAUAUUAUAGCUGUAAUAUUAUGGUUUGGUAUUUCAUGUUAAUGAGAGCUUAAAAGUUCAGUUACGUUCUAGAAGUAUUCUGGCAAGACACUAUUGGAUACUAUAACCGAAGUCGUAGGGAUAUCACAAAAUUGUAUUUAUUAUUAUUGAAUACUGUCUACAUACGGGAAAAGACUGGAAUAAUACUUUCACUUUGUAAUAUAACAUAAUGUAUUCAUUGCGUUUGGCCUUAUACAAGCCAAUGACCAGUCACUCUUUCGAGUCAUCUAACAAGGUCUGCCAGAUUCAUUAAACUUAACAAGUAUGAAUUUUGUUUCCUUUUAACUGUUAUUCAAGCUAGGACUAAUUAAAAUUUGCGCCAAAAUUUCAGCUUCAUAGUUGCAAUAUUUAAUUCAUUGUCGUCGUAUUAUAGAUUCAGAUCAUACACUGCUUUGGCCGGUGGAGUGUCGUCUCAUAUCACGUAUUGAUUUCACUGAGGACCUAGACGACCACGUCAUCCUAAUAUGGAACUCCUUCACGUCCCUGUACUUACAUAUUGAUAUUUUUCAUGAGUCGUUAUUAUUACCACUGCUACUAAUGCUUGCGAUCGUAGGAACUAUUUCUACUCUUGGUUUUGGGAUAAAGUGUGUGUGUGUGUGUGUGGUAGUUCUGUCCACACAAUCUUUCCUAUCACCUCAAUUAUCAUCUAAUCUUUUACAGGAGUUCACUGCCAACAUAAUCUUUUAUUUGAUUUAUAGCUGUUGUAGUGGUUUUCAUAACUUUGAUUUCGAGUCUUUAUUUGAAUACUUUUUUAGAGUGUUCCUGCAGCGGCGGUUGCAAACAGUUCUCAAAUGGUUAUUUUGGCUCAGACCCCUAUUAAUUGUCUUUAUCAAUCAUCAAAUGGAUCUACAUCAGCCGCUUAUCCAACAGGUAUCUCAUCGACUAGUGGUCACCAGAAGCAACCACUUCUUUCCUCUAAUAACACUCCUACAGUUUGUCAGGUGCAAAAUAUACCAUGUAAUUCGUGUCCAGUUUCAGAAGCAACUACAAAUCUAAAUCCUGUUGGUUUAAUUACCUCUGAAUUUCAAAUGAUGAAUUUUGGUUCAAAUAGCAUAACUAACGUUUCAUCGUCUCAUUCAAAUUUGGAGACUGAUGUUUCUUGUGAAACACAAGAAUGGUCAAAUGUUGGCAACCAAAAAAUAUGUUCUUUGAAUUCUGUCAACACUUCAGAAAGUGAUGUAGCUUAUCAAUCACCAUCUGUUGUUCAAAAUUCACAUGAGUUAACAACCUCAAGCGAUGGGAAUGUUGGUUACACUGCUACUACUACUACUCAAAAUACUAUUACUGUGUCUAAUACAGUAGUAGAGCAAAAUGAUACUCAAUGUUACACAAAUCCUGUGCAAGAAAAAAUUAGUUCUUCAGAUUUUAAUAACUUAUCGAGUUUGUCCAAUGAAGAAUUUAAUGUAGUCACUUCACUUAAUCCUUCAAAUCAUUCUUCUAUCCCAAAUUCUGCUUACUUAACGGGGAACCAUCAUUUCUCUUCGUCUAAUUUAGAAGUUAAUGGUUCAUCGAAUUCUACUGACUGUCAGUCAAGUGCUUUGUCAUCGCAAAGAAAAAAUAAAAUUACGGACAAACAUCGAGAUUCAUCAUCGUCAAAUUCAACCGUUUGUAGUCGUCAUUGCAAUGAGGUGGUCAGUUUAAAUGAUACCAAAUUAGCAUCAUCAUCGUCUAUACAACAUUUGAAUAGACGAAAGAAAAAUCCUUAUUCAUCUAGUAUUAAUAGUUAUAAACAGCAUUCAAGAUCUCCAUCGAAGAAAAAUAGUUCACCUGUCAGCAGUAGUACCGAGGUUCGUAUGCCAACUAGUUGCACAAUUUUGAACCCAUCGUCUCCUUAAGUAGAGACAUAACUUACGUCUAUAUUGUUUUUUUUAACAAAAAAUCCCUACACACAGUUGUCGAUCAGUUAAAAUGGAUUUACAAUUUACAUGCGUGGCCAAUUCUCGCAUUCAACACUAAAUUUUUGUUUUAGGUACCAAACAAAAGUAAACGAAAGUGUACAUAUAUCUCACCCUUUUUUUAAACCACUCUGUAAAUGAUUUUACAAUCAAUGUUGUGUUUUGUGAUUUCUUCCUCCCUUCCCACCUGUCUGUCGUUUUAUUCCUUCAUACUUCUCUCUUCUUAGGACACUGAAUCACUUUUCUUUUAGGGUCGACAGAUUAUUGUGUGUAUGUUUGUAUGAUGUGAGGGAUGUUCAGAAAAAGAAAACACGUUGGAAAAAUAAUGCUCAACUAGGAAUCAGCCUAACAAUUUGACCAAAUAAUCAAUUUAGAAAACUGAAGGUUAUUUGUGUAUCUUGCUUAGUUUAUGAAGAAGAAAAAAACAACUUCGCACACAUUUUCUUUGUACUUUCGGUCGAAAUAUCAGCUCAUUUCUUGAUUUUGUGUGAAGUGCUGCAAAACAAUGUCCAAGGUAACAGUUGAAGGGGUUGUGUGACAAUAUUAUAAGUUUUUUUUUUAACAAAAAUGUUCGCUGCCGACUUUAUUAACUUCCUUCUGUCCUCUUGUUGCAAGAAAUUUUCAGUGAGUUUUUUCUUUAAAUAUGGUCGUUCAACAAGAAGUGCGUCUCAUCGACAUGCCAAAUUCCUAUUUAAAGUUUAGGCUUACAAAUCGUGUCUAACAUGUGUAUUUAGUUUCACCAAUGAUACGUAGAUCAGAAUUGCCAUAAUACUUUGAAUAGAUAACUAGUUCACCGAAUACAUUCAUCUGAAAAUAUUCGUGUCCUAAGGCUAAUUGUAACAAACAGGUUCAGUAAACUAACAAUAUGUAGAGUAUUUGUAUCGAUCAUAGUGUUCAUUGCAUUAUGUGUCUUGAUUCAGAUACUUUCCAGUACAUUAUGAAGAAGCGGUAGCACAGGAUAAUACUGGCGUAUAAGUAAAGCGUAAUAUUGCAACAGUUGUGUCCCAUUUGGAUACUUACGUAACGGUGUACAUCACUGAGAUCGGCAGGUGUUUUUCGCUUAAGUUUCCUGAUUCUUUACAGAUUAUUGGUUCACUUAUCAGGACUGGAAUCCCAUUACAUCUGCUCUGUAAUACGCAUAGAGAGUUAAAUUGCAACUCCACUGAAUUAUUAUAGAGAACCAGCACAGAUCGUCCCUCAGUUUUUCACAAUCUAGUUUUCAGUAUAACACUAAGUUUGAGAGGGGAAGAAGCACUUUGCAUCCUUGCUGAUAGUUCCUCAUGCUCCAUCAAACCAUGGUGCGCGUCACCUACUCCUUGUCGUUAUUCUCGACCGGGCAACUACAGAUUUCGGCUCAGUGGUGGAUCAGAAUAAGCUAAAUCUCUAUAAUCGCCCUUGAAGUGUGUGAAUAGGGGUUUAAAGCGCCUUCUCACUAAGUGGCAGUUUCUAGAGCUUGCUGGAUGCAGUGUUUUUGGGUCGUCUCCCAAGAAAGGCGUUCACUCUGAGAAUGGUUGAUAUGGUCUUCAUUCUGCCGUAGGGACUACUGAGGCGUUGUAGCAAUAAACCAGGAAGUUGCGAAAAACUAGUGAGUCUAGGGCUGUAAAUAAAUGCUUGUGAGCACUAAAAGUCAAAAGUGUGGGACAUAUACGAUCUUGGUUUAGUUGAUGUACUUCAAAGGUCCUGGGUGAUGGAAAAGGUAAAAUAGAAGUAUCAGUGACAUUAAGAAAGACAAGCCGGUGGAGGGUAUGUUUCCAGAAAAUACGUAUGAGGUAUUAGACAGGGAUAAGUGAGUAUCUGAGACAUAUUACACUUCACAUUCGACCACUGGUUCCAAUUAUUAGCCAAACCUAAACAGGAUAGUCUACUUAGUCCGUUGUCUAGCGUACCCACCUUUUCGCCAACAAGCUGUGGACUUUGAGAUGAGCAAUGGUUCGGCAUAAGUAACACACCUCAGCCGGUCGAGAUUAGCGAUCACGAGUCGGUCUGUCUAGUAACCUACGUCUAAUUUUGGCAUUCACUUAGUUGUUCCUGAAAAUGGGAGUGGUGUAUCAAAGAUACCUACUAUUAAAUGCUUGCGCCCUUUGUAUGUCAUUACUUUCAUAGGCCGAACAGUUGCAGGAGCCUCACCAUCUGCCAGUAUCUGGAAAAGUGAGUUUCAAGAAAAUAUUUCGAACAAGUGGGUAACUAGGUUUAAGGUUGUUUACCGAAACCUACAUCCCCUCAGUCAUCUGAGUUCUUAUUGAGAAUAACAACAAAGCUUAACAUGAUAUUCUGUCUCAGAUAUGUUCUGUCUAACACUGUCUUCUAGUAGGAGGUCACAUGAUUAUAAUCUCUUGAAAACAAGUUUACCUUUUAAAAGCAGCUGUUUCUUCGUAACCAUUACGUGUCCUAGUUGAAGUGAUGGGUUAGUUCGAUGACGUGUAAGAUUGGGAGGAUUUGUGUUAAAAAAAUAACUGUUGGUGGCUUUAAUGGCAUAACACGAGAAAUUAUUCAAUCGGUCAUGAGAGCUAGGACAGUUGGUCAGUUCUAAAAUAGUAAUUUAGGAGGGUCUCAUAUUUCACUCGUCCUAGGUUAUUUCGAGAUGUUAUAUUAACUGAAAUAGUAGUAAAAUGGGUGAGACAGGCUAUCUGGUUUUCUCUAACUCGAUGUUUUAUUUAGCUAGUGCAUGAGGUCCUUACUUAAGCCUCAUGGGACUUGGGCCGCCGAUGAAGUCUCAAACCAACUCUGUUCUUUCCAGUUGUCGCAAAGUGUUAUUUAUACUUGCUUUGUGAUGAAAUGUGGUGAUUCGCACAGCGUGUCCCAUCAUAGUUUCCAAUAAUUCAGGUGUUUGAUUAUAUUCAUUGAAGAACUUUGUACGACGGCUGACAUCACUUACCACAUUCUGUGCUUUUUUAAUCAUGAAAUAGCCCCAUAAGUACAUGUCCGACUCUAUUAUAAGGAUAACAUUGAACAACAUUUAUAUUUAUUACGAAGGUAAUUUAGAUAUAGUAAACCUAAGGUUAAGCCUAAUGCUUAGUGGAAUGAUAGUGGUCGCACUACUAGUUUUGCCCAUAUCACAUCGUAAUUAAUCCAAUAUUUGUAAAUAGUGAGACGGGUCCGAUCCUCACGAGGAAUGUCGGUCACUUAAGGAUUACAGAUAUGUCUAGCUGACAAAUGUGAAUUAACACAAAACCUAGGUCAAGGAUUUCCUCCCGAUUUGGUUUCGAACAUCUAGACUAAGAAACGAUCCACAAUAAAACUUGUCCAAAGAUAUUAUAACAUUGAAUAAUAUGGUCAUAUUAUAGUCAGUGAAUGAAUUAAAAAUUUCAUUUGAAUGAACGAAUUUAAAGUCAAUAUUUUAUGUACUUUAAUAUUUUUUCUUAAUUUUCAUAAAAAAUUAUUCUUUGUAUUUCACUUUGAAGCAAUAAUAUUCACAUCAGAUUACACAGUGUGUGUAUGUAUAUGUAUUGGUCAACAAAGUGUAUUCACUCAUCAGGUCCAUAUGAAUUAUUGCAGUACUGAACAACGUAUCAUUUGGGUUAAACAAACAUUCACUCAUUUUGAUCUGAAGUUUGUACUGAUGAUAUCAUUCAGAAGAACGAUGAAAGCUCCACAAUUAAAUAGUGUGACCACCAUCCAAUUUGUCUAGUAACAAAGAUUUCACUCUAGAUAUGUAUAAACUUCACCGGUCAUGACUUUUUUUCUAGAACUUGAGAAGCUCAUUUCAAAACUUUAUUACCUAUGCUCGGUAUUAAGUAUUGUAAAUUAUUUAAAGAGUAUUUGAUGUAAAUAUAAAAUAAACUCAUAUCGAAUGUUGUCAUUACAGUCAAGAUUAAAGGAUUUUCAAUGAUUUCCUGAAAUUGUCGUUGUAAUUUUAAAUUUUUUAAGUUAAUUUGCAAGGAGUUUUAUAGAGAUUGUCAAACUUAAUAAUUCACUUUAUGAACUAACCUCAGCUAGGCAACUAAUGAAAACCAGAAAGUACUGAACAGUUGUUGAAAAGAAAUUAGACGUUGGUCGCGGAAUAUCGAGCAUCGACUGAAGCUGGAAAUGUAUAGCAACUCAAGUGUAACUGAGUUUGUUCACAUUUAAUUCGGUUAAGUCAUUUUGUUAACUUACUAACGAACUGAGUCAUCCGUACAACAACAACUUAUCUAGAUCAUUGUAUCUUUAUUACUGUUGCGAAUGUAUGAACAUGGAUGCUUGAGCAUCGCUUACUGCCCACGCAUUUAUUCACGCUGCUAGCCUUACUACUAACCGCUUAAUUGAUUCGAUGAUUCAUUCAUUUCACUACGUAUAUAUAUGUCCAUGUUAUUCAUGUUCAUUGCUCUCUCUCUCUUGCUUACUCG